AAUAACCUCAUCCGGUACACCGGACCCUAACGCGAGUGGUAUGAAUCAAAUCAUGAACCCAUAAGAAGUAAAACUAUUUGCACUCUUUUACAUCCUAUAUAUAGCGAGUCUUAACAACUUCAAAAAAUACCCACACAAAAGUAACACAGCCAUGUUAGACGUAUAUAGUACCAUUAAUUCCGUCUCACAAAACUUCUCCCUAUCAUCGGCGCCGGCGCCGACACUACCACUACCGCCGCCUUCGUCACCACCGACGGUGAGCCGUUACGAGCUACAAAAACGGCGAGACUGGAACACAUUCGGACAGUACUUGAGAAACCACAAGCCACCACUGAUACUUGCGCGAUGCAGCGGAGCGAACAUUCUAGAAUUCUUAAAAUACCUAGAUCAAUUCGGAAAAACGAAAGUUCACAGCUGUAAUUGUCCGUUUUUCGGCGAUCCUCAUCCGCCGGCGCCGUGCAAUUGCCCGUUGAAACAGGCGUGGGGGAGCCUUGACGCGCUAAUUGGGAGGCUACGCGCUGCUUUCGAAGAGAACGGAGGACGGACGGAGACGAAUCCGUUCGGUGCUCGAGCAGUGAGGUUGUAUUUGAAGGAAGUGAGAGACACGCAAGCCAAAGCGAGGGGGAUUGCUUAUGAGAAGAAGAAAAGAAGAAAUAUUAAGCAGCGGAUUAGUAGUACUAUUAAUAAUUGUGAUUAGAGUUUGAGAAAAAUAAAAUAAAAAAUGAAGAUGCUAUAUAUAAUUAAUGGCUUUAAUUAUUUGGAAUUUGAAUUAAUUAGCUCGUUGGAAUAUCAUGUAUAUAAAUAGGAGUACCAUGGAGUUUGAAUUUAUUAUCUCAUAUUUCAAUCGAGCAAUUCAAAGUUGAU